GAACAACAAACCAUAUUUUCUUGUCACCAGUAAAAAUAAAAGACUGACAUUUGGUGUGAAAUUGAAAAACAUGAAUGAAAAUUCAUACAACACCAGAAUUCAAGUGGCUUUUUCUGAAAACUUAUUUUUUGCUUCAUCUUUUUCAGUGGUGGAUGAAACUGAAGUUUCAUGUCAGAUGGCAGUUGUCCGUCAUCUUGUUGUCUGCCAAAUCAGCUAUCCUGUUUUUAAAGCAAGGCAAGAGGUAUCCUUUGAUCUUAAUUUUGACUUCAGUUUGAAAACUCUUCAGAAUGUGGCAGUAUUAUAUUUUCAAGCCUUGAGUGCAAGUCAUGAAGAAGAUUAUACAAACAAUCAGGUGAACCUAACACUUCCACUUCGUUAUGAUGCAGAACUUCACUUAAUGAGAUUUACCAGUAUGGACUUCUACGAAGUGUAUUCUAAUCUUAGUGUUUACACCGUGGUGAAUAAUUUUGAUGAGAUUGGACCGGUAUUUAAUUUUUCAGUUAAGGUCACAAGAGGAAGUAAUCCAAUCAAUGCGGCAACUUUAAAAAUUCAUAUCCCUAAUCAAACUAAGGAGAAUAACCCUUUGAUGUAUGUGACGGCUGUGCACACCAGUCAGGGCAGUGACAUCAACUGUCACGGACUCAUCAAUCCACAUAAAAUUGGAUCACAAAGCUAUGCUGCAUCAUUUCGGAAAGAAAGCUUCAAAGAUUUGAAAGAAUUGAACUGCAAGAACGUUAGAUGUAAUACGAUCACGUGCAUGUUAAAAGAUAUAUCUCUGAAACCUGAAAAUUACGUUAAUAUUUCGACUAGAAUCUGGAAUGGGACAUUUGCAACUCUUGGUUUCUUCAAGAGAAAAUACAAGAAAAUGGCAACAGAUUUGGAAGACGCGGAUGAGAUUACAGGACUUAAUAAAGACAGAGAAUAAACAUAGCAGAAAUAUUCCCGAAUGUACGAAUGUUGAGCCACAAACAGUGCUUGCGAUCACACUGUUUAAUUUCCACGAGUGCCUUAUUCAAAGGUUUUACACUUUUUAUAAGUGAAAAUAUUAUACAUAUAACUGCUGGUCGGUUUGGGCUUUUGUUUACAGUUGUAUAAAGAUUUUGUUUUUAUAUUUUGUACUGUUAAUAAUGGAUCCUCUGAAUUGGCAGGCCCAGAACUAAUGUUGAAAUCUACCAGGAAUACUGCUUUUUAUCCUUGAUAAGGGUACAUGUGGAAUAGUUUGUCUUUAUUUACCAGUAUAACAGGAUCUGUUAUUUUCAUCCUGCAGUCAAAAACUGUCCUUGAGUUACUCAAAGGUUUACAGACAUUGAGCAGUGCUAGCUCCUCAGUCGGUAUCUGGAUUCAAAUAUUACAUUAAACCAGGGCUCUCAAAAUCGUGGGCCAAAUGCGUCACGUGCUAGUCACACCCACCCUUGGUUUAACGAAGGGGGAAAUCUCGAUUCAUCAUGUGUCGAUGUAACGACAUGACUUUGACACCCCUGCAUCAAACCAUAAAUUGGUUUGUUUACUCUGUGACUAAAUGUAAUGUGAGCAGAAACCAUUGUAGCUUAGCACAGAAUUGCUCAACAGUAUACAACCAUUUGCAGCUUAUUGUGGCACCAAAGAAACGAUAGCACUUAUUAGUUUAGGCACUGUCUAAAAAAGCUGGAGAUGUGAUUGCAAAGAUUACUAACUGUGUUAGAGCAAUAUUGUAUGACAAGAUAAGAGCAUGGCCUAGUAUUGGCUGCGUACCCAAGCUGUAACAAUAAACUGUACAUUGAGAGUAGACCUUCUAAAAUCAUGUAGAAACAUUCAUGAAUGAUUCAUUCUGACCGAUUUUUAUUAUACUGGCUACCUUAAUUAUUUAAUACUGAUUUGAUUUUAAAUGCUAUAUUGAUAUAAGGACAUCCACAUGCAAUACUAAUCAAAUGUCACUUUGAAAUUUUUAAUUUUGUUUUAUAUAACAUGGAAACCUCUGAUGCCUUUUUUCUAGCUUUCAAAUAGCUCUUGAAAUAAGUAAAUAAACAAUAAAAGGAAACUCAGUUUCUUUUCAGGGUUUUAAGGAGCAGUCAGGUUUUCUGAAGCAGCAAAUGCUAUAAUCUAGAUAACCAGCUUCCAGAAUCCUCAGUGUACACCAGCCAAAAAAACAGAGUUUAUUUCUCCAUCACAAAACUGUUAAAGAUUUUAUUCGAUUUAAGAGAGCAGAAUGGCUGGCCUUAUUUACAAUUCUUGGUGUAAAGCAGUAGUUGUAAAGGAGUAAGUUACUAAUUUCUGAACAUUCAUUAAUUUGGAUUUUAAUGUUAUUAACCAUUGGAUUAACCAUUCCAUAACAAACACUAGUAGACUUCCUCCUUAGCAACUACAAUUGAGAUUGGCAACUUAUUUGUUAAGCAGAGUGGUUACCAAGUUAAAAAUUACAUGAGCAUGACUGUGCUUAUGAUUUUACAUAGGACUGCACGCACCGACUGUCUGUAAUACCAAACGUGAUUUAGACAAAGAGAGAGAGAUGCUGCAGUCACAAAUGUGAUGUUUGAAGCAAAGUUACUUUUCCAACACGGUCAUAACUGCAAACAGUAGAUCUUUUCAGAAUUUUUAAAAAAUGUUAAUUAAAAAAUUUUUUUAGUAUUAAUUUAUUCCUUUUCACCAAUUGUUCUUUUCAUUACAUUUUUUAAGAUGGCAAAUCUCUAGGUUUUUUUUUAAUGUGUUUUUAUAAGAUUCCAAAUAGCAUUACUUUAAUGGGAUUUAAAGCAUAUUAAGCUGUCAGAAAUCGCUGGAUUUUUUAAAAAAAAUUAGAUGUUGCAGAAGCAAGAGACAAGUACUUGUGAAAACAGGAGUAAAUUGUAUGCUUAAUUUCCUCCUGCAUAUCUGCAGUGUCAUGCAAAUUCUUUCACUCUUGUUUACAAUGUUGUUUAUCCAUUAAGUUUGUUCUUGAUUAUAUUACAUGUACUUAAAAUCUUCAAACUCAUCCUUCAGAACCCGUUACAUUAUAUUUUAAGGGGAACAUUUUAAUUUUGGAAUUGGGAUGUUCUGAUGGGUAAUUAGGUUAUUCUGCUUAGCUGCAGCCAUUUAUGCCACGGUUUCUGCAUUCUUCACUAAUAUCAGAAGCAUAUAUGCUCCUAUCACUUAUGCACUUACACAGCAGUAAAUCUUUAUUGACUAGAGUAAGGCAUAACUUCUGAAUGACUCAAGUCCAUAACACUGGAAGAUACAUACUCUUACCUGUAAUAUAUUAUCUUUGUUGAAAAUAACUAAUAAAUUAUUGUCUUUACUUUUGUUCAACACUGCCUGAAAUAUCAGGAAGCUCUUUUUAAAUUUCAGUUUAUGUUUGUAUGGGGAAGAAAAUCCAGCCUAACAUAAUUAACUAUAAGGCUGAUUCAUCAUGUCUCUACACAUCCCAAUAGCAUUAACACAGAUGUUCCUGAUGAAUUUUAAUUACCAUUCUGCUUGAGUCAAGUGUUUUCACUGCUAUUGGAUGUGAUGUAGAAAAUAUUGCUUUAUGAAUGGAUAUUCACAUCAGGUGCAAAAAUGGUACACAUUUUUACUUCUAGAAUCAAGUUUCAUAGAACAAGGCACACAAAACUGUAAGCAGCUUAUGUGAACCUAAGUGAUGUGGUUAAUUUAAAGUUCAAGCACAUUGGUUCAAUAAACGUUUGUGCUCUUUUAUAAUAUUGUAGAAUGUAUGUAACAAUUUUGUACUUUUCUGUAUUUUUUAUUUUUGUUAAAAAAAAAUAGCAAUUCAGUAAACAGGUGUAUUGUACAGACAAAGCCUUUAUGUAUAUUUUGCACUUUGUACCAAAACAUAUGAAUAUAGUGAAGCUUGCGUUUAAAGAAAGAUGAAUGAAACCUGUUGAAUAAAUUUUGAAAUCACCCCA